AUGUCGGAAGCGAAGUACAUGCGUUACCUCACCGCCUUCUUUCCGAGUCUGUUGACACUAAAACUGUGCCUUCAACAGCCUCGCCACACAGGCUUGUGGCCCUUGCCAGUAAAUCGACUCCACCGAGCUGCGCCGCACGGCAGCAUAAACGACCUUACACAUACCAGCUCCUUCGCAGCUCCUAAAAGUUUAGCCCACAAGCAAGAUGACCUGGCCAACGGCGUUGACGUAGCUGACAAUGGAGCUAUGCGAUGA